AUGGAGAGCGAACCCUAUGCUCCUGAGCGGCUUCGAAGUGCCCCCACCGCCUCCGCGUCUGCUGUUGGCACCAGCCUGUCAGGGGACGAGAGUGAGGGCUCGGGGCGACACAGCAGCUUUGGUUUCCAGCCCCGGCUGCCCUUGCCACCAGGCUCAAGACGGACAGGCAGUGCAGACACAAACGAGGUGGCGGCGCCUGGAAAGAGGCCUGGCCAUGAGAAACAACAGGGCCACGUUCGGAGUGCGAGCACAGAACCAGGCUGGCAGCCGCUUCAAAACGAGACGAGAUCGAAGAGCACGUUUGGCUAUCAGGCCCAACAGCACAACACAGGUCGCAGGAGUGCAAGCCCCACUGGCCCAACAGAGCGGAAUCGCGCAAAGCCAGUUAGCAAUUUUGGGUAUCAGCCGCGAAGAUUGAAAAGAGUGGAGAAAGAUGGCAACGAUGAGACCAGUCGGGAUGAUGGAAAUGAUGGAGUAGUCCGCGCAAAGAAUUUCGGGUAUAAGCCAAGACAACAAGAAUCUACAGCGAACUGUAGGGAUGCGCAUUCAGAGAAUGAACUUGGGCAGGGUGAGGGUGGGGAAACCUUGGGUGAGGAAAAUUGUGGUGGCAGUACCGAUUGGGAGCACGAGGGGAAGGGGACAGUGGAUGCAGGGAUGGAGGUCUGCAUGGAUGCAGGUCAACAGAAUGAUAAGGAACCAGGGUGCAAGGAGCGCACGAGCCUCCUUCCUGAACAACACCAAUCGCCCAUGGCACCAAUACACGAUGCUGGGCAGCAGAAGUUGGGCAGUUCUAAGGUAGCCAACGUCCCCAGAUCGAGUAGCCAAAAAGGUGGACCUGCAAGCAUCAAGAGCCACAGUCUGAUGGACUGCAAGGAUGGAAAUUUGGAUGUGCCUGUUGGAACGGUCGUUGGGAGUGUAGCCGAUGUCCAGGGCCAGACACCCAUGGACGAAGAGGAGGACUUUGUACAUUAUGAAUAUGCAGCUCCUCAUGCGGAAGAGGUUGGCUUGAAGCAUCCAUGCAUGGCUGAGGAGCCUGCCCUGCCACAUGGAGCUGUGGGUUUCCGGGACGAUCGCCAGUCAAUGACAGGUGCUAGUGAUUUGUUUUCGAGGUCUUCUGGUGGAUUCCGUAGCAGGACGCCUGAGAGCAUAGCUGCAAUGCAGUAUGCGAGUGAAUUGCUGGACUCGCAACCAAGGGCUACUCCUGUGAACUUGGAUGUAGAGGACAGCUCAUCUGAUGAAGAGAUUGUGUUGCCUGAAAAGCAGUUCCCGUUUUCAUACAUGACGGGAUUCAACCCAACAUGGCUGGAUUCUGAUUCCGACACUGAGAGUGAACGGACAAGGGCCUACCCACCAGCAGCCAACAAGAACGACCACAGUGGGGUUUCCGAAAACGAGGGUUGCCCAGUCAUUCAUGUGAAUGAGAGCAAGGGGAAGUACAUGGCCGAUCAGAUGGACAUUGACUCAUCUUCAGAUGACUAUGUGUUGGAAGAGGCGGAAGUUGUGUUGCAGAAUUUGAUGAGUGAUCAAAGCGCGCCGCGCACGCCAAGCGUUCAAGAGGGUCGCAGGUCGUACUUGCAGGCCUCCAACACGUCGGCAAGGUCAGCAAUGACGGGGUCGCCAAGUGUGGAAAGCCAAAGAGAUGAAGCCUCUACGCUUCUCCAAAAGCUGAUGACCCGUUCCAGCAUGACAUCCAGAAGCGCAGAAGAUGAUGUGAACAGUCCUUAUGAUAGAAAGACAGCUGCUAGGCUGUCGUUGCUGUCGCGGUCGUCAGGGCGAUCGGGAGGUUGGGAUGAGCUCAUGGAUGGUGUGCACGGAGAGGGUGCAGAGGGUGCAUGCGAUGGCCCUGGAAUGGAGGCAGCACUGCAGAAGCUCAUGGUUUCUGUCCACAGGAUGAAUGAGGAAGCGAGGGAUGGCACAACGGCGGAGAAGACAGUGUCAAGCUGGCUGCAGGAGGACAGGCUGGAUGGGGAGGUGAACCGUGAGCAAGGCAAAGUGGAUGUGGCCAGAGACGCGAAGACGAUGGAAGAGGACAGAGCAUUGGUGGAUUGUGUUGCUGAUGAGGUUGCAAAAGGUGCUCUGGAGGACUAUCAAACCACAUGUGUGGGGCAUCCCAUCGUUGCCAGUGAAUUGUCGUAUUCAUACAGUGAGGAUGACACUGUGGACGACGGCCGGGCUCACAGCCCAAUCAGUUCUGUUGGCCAUGCCAACUGGGAGGCGGUCGAGGGUGAUGGCACUUGCCCAGAAAUAUCUGAUGAGGAUGCUGAUGAUGUUAAGUGCCAAGGGACUGUUGAUGACGCGCCCUGCGAAGGUGGUGGUCAGUCACAGCCUGCCGACUUGAAGCCGUCCUGUGAAAACACAGAUAGCGUGCCUUGCGAUGGCCCCAGUCCGGCGCCUUGUGAAGACACAGAGAUUGUGCCUUGCGAUGGCCCCAGUCCAGUGGUGGCGGAGAGUGUGCCUUGCGAUGGCCCCAGUCCAGCGGCGGUUGAAGAAGAGGAAGACGGUUGUGAUGUGGUCAUGGUGACGGCAAGGGAUCUUUGUGUCAUUUCGCCUUCUGCGUCAGUCUGCAAUGACGAUGGCAUUGUGAGCUUGGCACCUAGUCCUGCCCCUCACGAUGUCCAUCCUGCCGCAGACGUUGUGUGUGAGAUUAGCAGCGGGGACACUGAGACUGAGAUAGCCCCCGUGCCCCUGGGUGUCGCUUCCUCUGUACAGCGCCCUUGCAGGGUGGAGAUGUCUGAACCAAGGAAGGCCGUUGAACUGGGGCCUGUCAGCCGCACCCAUCGCCGAGCAGUAGACCUCCCCCUGCAGUUGGACAAGGGCUGGAUGUCAAAGCCAUGCUUGGCCGUGAGGACCAGGAGGAAAUCUGCCGAUUUUGAGGCCUCUGGGAUGAACCCGCCCAGGUCUCCUCUGCACCGGCGAGUGAAUAUUGUCCUGAGGAUGGACGACCAGUGGCACUAUGGCGGGCGGACCACCAAAGGCAGACGAGAUGGAGCUGCUGUGCAGCCUAAUGGGGACUGGGUCCAGCCAGUGCUCAAUGCACUGUACGCACCUGUUCAUGGAAUUUACCAAGCCUUAGGUCUAGGGAAGAAUGGCUAA